AUGGCAAAUAUCAACAAUUUAUUUUGUCCAUCGACUAUUCGUGAUCAUGCUGAACUUCUCGAAACUCAUCAAGCAAAAAGCGAAGUUCCCUGGAAAUCAUUUCACAUAAACAAAGGACCUGCAUCUUUUGCUCAAAUUCGCCUUUUUCUUCAUGAACAUCUUCGAUUUCGACAAGACUUUCAUCGAAUAUCAGUUUAUCAUAUUCCACUGGUUUAUCAAAUUGGUGAAACGCGAAUCUCAUUGCAAAGAUUACAACGAGCACUUUCAGCUGUGAUUGAAAAACAAAAGAUUCUGCGAACUCGUAUCGUCUUUAAUGAAGAAAACAAUGAAAUUCAACAAGAAAUCUUAGACGAAUCAUCAAUUGAUGUGAUCACCACAAAAGUUGAAAAUGAAGAUGAAUUGAAAAAGAUUUUGUACAAUGAAAAGACAAAUUGUUGUUUAUUUAAUGUGAAUGAAGGUCGAGUAUUUCGAUGUCAUGUUAUUCGUCGAUCAGCAAUUCUUUCGAAUGAUUAUUUCGAGCCAUCGGAUGUAAUUAUUUUCAAUUUUCAUCAUAUCGCAUUUGAUGGUGCGUCGAUUGAAAUCUUUCUACGUGAUUUACAAGAAGCAUAUUCAUCGGAGAAAUAUCUUUCGAUGAAUAAUUUCGAUUAUAUUGAUUAUUCAAUGUAUGAAAAACGUAUCAAUAUGGAAGAAGAGAAAAAGUUUUGGAAAGAACAUUUAAAUGGUUUAUCGAAUACUAUUCUAAAGCUGCCUUAUGAUCGAUUUCCAAAAGAUAAUAACAUACGAUCGGGCAUUGGUGUGACAAGUCGUAUCGAUUUAUCCUGUGAAAUAGUUGAUGCAAUGUUUAAUUUUAUUGAUGAUCAUCAAAUGACUUUAUUUCAAGUUGGUCUCGCAUCGUUUUAUUUAUUUUUAUCUAAACUUACCCAAGAAAGUGAUCUUUGUGUCCUUACAACCACAACCAAUCGUAUUCACACGGUUUUAGAAGAUAUUAUUGGAUAUUUUGAGAACAUAUUACCACAACAUCACAUCAUUGAUCCUAAUUCAAAUAUAAAAGAAUUCUUUCGACGUGUUAAGCAGAUAUAUCUCAAUUCUAUGCAUUAUGGUCAUUUUCCUUAUCAAAAUAUGGGCAAAUCAACUGGUAGAGAAAUUCUUUUUCUUGUAGAUUCCAUUCAUCAAGAUUCAAAUGAUCAAAAUCUUCGAUUAAUUCCAUUAUUAAGUGAUCAUGAUGAUUUCGUUAGUAAAUAUGAUUUGACUUGUUCAAUGAUAUAUGAUAUUCCAAGAAGUUCAGUAACAAUAUCCUUCAAAGGUUCAUGUGAUCUAUUCAACAGAAAUACUCUUUCAACAAUGAUUCAACGUUUUGAAUAUCUUCUUGAGCAAAUCUUUAUAUGUGAAUCAUCUUCAAUUUUCAAACUUUCUUUAUUAUUACCAAACGAAGUGGAACUUCUAAGACAAAUAGAUUUGAACAAUAAAUUUCCUCAUGAUAUAAAUUUUUUAUCAAUUCAUGAACAAAUUGCAAGUCGAGUCAUUAAACAUCCACAAAAAUUAUCUACAAUUCUUGAUGAACAAUCAUUAACUUAUGCAGAACUUUAUGAAAAUGCUUCAAUUAUAUGCGACCAUCUCGGAAAAGUUUAUCAUAUUCAGUCGAAUGAUAUUGUUGCCUUAUGUGUUGAACGAAGUCUCGAAAUGCCAUUAGGAAUUCUUGCCAUUCUAAUGGCUGGUGGAAUUUAUUGUCCCUUAGCACCAAAUCAUCCUCAAGAAAGAUUAGAAGGAAUUCUUCGUCAAACAAAUGCUCGUUGUGUUCUCACACAUACGGCAANCAAGAAGCAUAUUCGUCGGAGAAAUAUCUUUCGAUGA